GAUCAGAUAGUUAACGAAUCACAUUACAUAAAAUAUCCAACAAAAAAUGGGACUUCUUGACGAAUUUAAAUCAGCUAGCAUAUUUGGAAAAAUAGUUUUUAUUUUGCUUUUUCUUGCUAGUUUUUGCAUUAUAAUUGCGUUCACUUGUACGGGAUGGGGGGAAAGCAACGAGACGUAUGGAGGCGGCUACAAAGUGCACUGGGGGUUGUGGCGUAUAUGUAGCAAUAAGGAAUUUACAAGUUCUUCUGUGUGUACUGAUGUUAGUGGAUGGGCAAAUGACUGGUAUGCGUUUACUCAGGCUGCGAGCUGCUUUGGUUUCUUUGGUAUACUAGUAGCCUUCUUUUUAGUCAUUCUCUAUCUGUUUGUUGGCAAAUGUAAGGGCAAUGGAGAAGUAGCAACGGGGGCGGCCAUCUUGUGCCUAGUGACAGGGGUUAUCCUACUAGUGGGCUGUAUUGUUUUCGGAGCAGAAUUUGACGACGUCUAUUAUGAUCGCCAGGUCGGGGCCAACUCAAGGUGGGAAUUUUGGUUGUCCUACUCUUUUGGUCUGGCCAUCGUCGCAUCUCUACUAGAAAUCGUCUCCGGAGUUCUUUUGAUUUUGGAAUGUAAAAAAGGAGGUGGCACAUCCGCUUCCGGUUAGAUAGACUGUUGACAUUUAUUUAAUGUAGAUUUAUGAGACUUGUUAGAACGACGACUUUCCAGUUGUAGGAAAAAUUUUUGCUUGCUGAAAAAAUUUGCCUUAUACAUUGUAUGAUAAUUAUAUUUUACACAGUAUUUUUCCUUAAUUUAUUUUUGUAUGUACUUUUUUAAUUCAUUGUAUUUGUCAA